AUGGGCAGAUCGAAGCUGAAGAAAAAGAAAUGGGUGAAAAAUUUGGACUAUCCCCCCGAGGAUUUGGGGAUCCCCAUACCGAAUUUACCACCGAAAGUUCUAUUAAUGCGCGUAAAAAGUGGGACGAAAAUUAGAAAUGUUCUUGGACACGCGUUGAAGGAAUUCUCGAAUUAUAAUAGCGUAGUUUGGACCGCGGCUGGACACGGCAUUGGAAAAGCCAUUUCCUGCGCGGAGCUUUUCAAGAGAAAACAAGGAGGCCUUCAUCAGAUUACCAAGUUGCGUUACGUCGAGUCGGAUAGAUCGAAAACGGAGAAUAAAAAUGACACGAAUGUAGAAACUCGUCACGUACCGGAAAUACACAUUUUACUCGCGAAGGAAAUAAAAGACACGUCGGAACCAGGUUAUCAGGCGCCAGAUAAUCGUGGAGAAUUCUCGAGCCAGGGAGAGAUGAGAAAUGGUGGGAAAGGUAAAAACCAGGAAGCUGGUAGUAAUGCGACCUGCAUCGAUGCCGAGGAAUUCGCGGCUAUGGGAUUGAGGACUGGUCAAAAAAGGCCGAAGAAAGAGCAGCAAACAGAAGCGCCGCCGAGAAAGAAUAAGAAAAGGGGAAAAGAUGAUCGAUAA